AUGGGAAAGGGUCGCAACAACAAAGCUGGCAAGAAGACGGUUGAUGGCGAUCAGGAUAGGGAGAUGGCUGACGUACCUGACAUACCUGCGAAGGACGCUGCGGACAAGGAGCGAAUGCCUUCCUCUUCAACGGCUGCUGCUGUGCUUGGUCCUUUCGAGGACUUGCUGGAUCUGCACGCCAAGGUUGACCAUGCUGAUGGAGCGGGAGGGGAAGGUGCUGAUGGAGAAGCCGGGAACGCCGGGAAGGACCACAAGGCUGCUGGUGAAGAGAACGCUGCAGACGACAAUGUACAUGAUGACGAAGAGGCUGCGUCGGACCAAGUUCCUGAUGAGGACGAGGAUGGCUACCUGAGUGAUGACUCGGAUGAACACUUGGAACGGGACUCGCUCAGCAGUAUUAUUGCCUUAAAACGAUUCUCACUAACCUUGCUGGUGCCGAUUCUCAGGAAGAUUGAGGUCAAGCGCGCUGCUGUGACGGUUGCAGCUUUGUUGGAUGACUGGAAAGAGCAGCUGACUCCAGAUGUGCUGCAGACGACGACGUACCAGGAGCUCACGGCGAUGUAUUUUUCUGGGACGCGUUAUGGUCGCCUUCAAGUCACAUUCAACCAAGUCAGGGACGCGAACUUUGUUUGGAGCCAGGUCAUCCCUCACGAGUGUGUGAACGGUGACAUUGUCGACUUCACCUGGCAGCACCCUGAAGAUGCGCGGUUUCUUCGUGAGCGUCUGCUGAAUCCUACGGCGAAGGAGGUCGUGGUCAAAGGUGUGCCGGCUGAGAUCACUGCUGAGAUUAUCCGUCAUCUGCUGGUGGUGGCGAAGCUGGUCAAGCGUGGUAAGAGCGCCUUCGCCAGCGGUUUCGGCUUCCACCGCACUGUUGACCCGGUCACUGGGUUGGAUACUGACCGUGUUCGUGGCCUGAUCGUUCCCCACGCCGCUGAUGAGUACCGCUGGAGGUACUUUGUGGAGGACCCGUCGACAGGGAGGCGUUACCUGCUACACUUCCCGUCACUCACUUGCGAGUUCUGCAGCGUUGUGCCUACCUCCACGGGGGGUGUGCGGGAGGAGUGGGUAUGCGUACAAACCGUGUGCGAGAAGGCGCAAGGAAAUCGUUUCGAACAGGCGGCGGCUCACGUUGCUUCUGCCAAGCACAAGGGGGGGCUGCGGAAGGAGGGUGCUGCAACGCGCGUCAGCAUGCAGUCUCAGAAAAUGGCUGCUUUCAAGAAGGAGUUCAUCGUCAAGCCGGCAAAGCAGUGA